AUGAUGAUGAUGUCAGUGCUAUUUGUGGCUUUAACUCUAAUGGGCAGUCCGCAAUUGACUGUGGCCUUGGAGGCACCAGCGGCUUCGGCUUUGGCUUCCAACGACACCUUGCAGCUAACUUUUCGCGAAGGAAGACGUAGUAACCCCACUGAAAGUUGCACAACCACCGAUGAUGAAACUGGCACCUGUAUGUCUCGUUUCAGGUGCAUGAACUCGGGUGGGGCCGCCAAAGGCUAUUGUGACUCCUAUAAUGUGUGCUGUGAAACAAAUCUUCAGUGUGGUGGUAUUUCAAAAUUAAAGCGCAUCAUUAUCCGAAAUCCCUCUACCAUAACCUCUGAUCGCUGUGAAUAUCGCAUCAAACCCUACAGCCCAAAUGUUUGCCAGCUUUUGAUUGAAUUUCAAUUGUGUGAACUGCAACCGCCCAACUAUGAUCCCGGUUCUAAUGCUCAGGAAUGUGAGGACCAUCUUCAAAUAGGCGACUUUACCCUUUGCGGUGAUAAUACAGGCCAACAUUUGUAUAUACCCUUUCAUGUGAGCAGUGGCAUUGAUGAAAUUUCCUUGAUUUUCAAUCUGCCCAAUCGUUGGCCCAGAUCACGUUGGCGCAUUGUCAUCACACAAUUGGAGUGUCCUGUGUUGAGGAAACGUGCACAGAGUUUUAUGCCAUUUGUAAGUGGCAAGAAUUUGCCCAAUCUCAGGACAAUGUUCUCUUCGCAUCAGGGCGAUGACAGGGAUUUGAUAGCGCCACCUGGAUGUCACCAAUACUUCACCAAGAUGGCGGACACCAUACGGAGUUUCAAUUUCAAUGAGGAUGGAACGGCAUACUAUUUGCCCAAUUUAAAUUAUGUCAUAUGCAUAAGACCAUCUCCGGGAGCCACAAUGAUAGAAUAUCAAGCUACACAUUUCUCAUUGUCCAAUGGAAUUGAAAACUCACCUGGAUACGAUGGUGAUUGCCACAGUACCAUAUUCACGGAUGGACGUCGACAAGACUAUCUCAUGAUACCACAAUCGUAUGUGUCAAAUAGCAUGAAUAUCCUACCCACCUACUAUUGUGGAACUUCACUGCAAACUAGGCCAUCACUGCUGGCGUCUCCGCCAUUCAUCAUGUACUUCUCCAGUGAUGGAUUUACGGAUGAAAAAGAAACAGGAUUUAGUAUUAAUUACCGUAUAAGAACAGCAUUUUAA